AUGCGUUUCAUUGCUUUGCUGCGGGGUCUGCUGCUGGCGUGUCUCAUUCUGGGGGUUGUGAGGAUAUGCCGCGCUGCGGAUGGAGGACCGAAGUACAGGGAGGUGCAGAGGGUCUCUGUUGAUUGGAGGACGCGCUCCAUUACAUUUCUUUCUGCAGGAUACACUGCAGAGGAGGAGGAUCAAUUCCAAAGCGACGUCAACAAAUGCGUCGAUGCUUUGUAUGGCAGAGUUCGCGGUGUUGUUUCAGAACCGUGGAGUAGGUAUGCGUCAUCACUCAACAUAUACGCCGUGUUUCAGCCUUCAGUGGGCUCAGAUACCACUGUGGGAAAAAAUGAAACAUUGAGGAAUGAGCAACUAGAUCUUGAAUGCUCGAUUAGUCACUCUUAUCCAUUCUUUAUAGAUUGCAACCUAAGCGCUGUCUUCGCAUUGUCCACCUAUGCCCCCACCCAGGACCUUAUUGUUGUGCUGGUGAACAACCCCAAGAGUGUGGUAGGCGAGGGUGGGAAAUCCCUUGCAAUCUUUACCAACGCUCCAUUGUUUAUGCCAUUCUUUGCUAUUCGUGAACUUACUAAAGCCAUUGCCUCAGUGAGUUCCGAGUACGUUUUGGGAGUCGAGGAGGAGCAUGAUGUGUACGUACCGAACUGCGCCCCAUCCAUUGAGGCGGCGCGUGCACGUUGGGAUUAUUGGAUCGACCAAGGGCUAGCAGAUAAGACACCGUCCCAAGGUUGUUUUUUCAAUAAUUAUUACCGUCCGUCGGAGAGUGAUUGCAUGAUGCGAAAUUCCUCUAUAGAGGGCUUAUGUGCUGUCUGUAAGGAACAGGUGAAUCUUGCUCUUCUUUCUGCAGACCCGAAUUUUUCCCGGCCGACUACACGCUGCACAAGAACAGCCCAAAAGGUGCAGCUCGAUAAAUCUAAAGACAUUCAACUCAAUAUUGGACAGAUCACAGGAAUGACAAACAUGAGUGUGUCUUGGAUGCUGGGGGACGGAACUAUCUUUGACGCCGCCCACUCAUCUCAGCUUGUGGUACCCAAGGAAUUGUGGAAGAACUGGUCAUUGCCAACUGAAUUGUGUGCCGUAAUUACGGACAAUUCCCCUUACAUCCGUCCAGUGGGAGAUACGAAGCUCUUCCGAAGAAUAUUAUCAUAUGAGCUUUUUUCAGAUGAAUCUGCUCCAUUUGAAAUGAAAAUGUGUGGAAUGUCCGAUAGUUGCACACCAUGUGAGGGGUCUAUUUGUGAUGAUUCUAGUGGUUUCAACUUGCGGGAUGUUGAAUGGAAAAAGAAAGGAGUUGCAAAAGCUGGAAAGAGAAAUUACGUGAUUUCUAUUGUUGUGUGCAGCAGUGUGGCUCUUUUGGUGCUUUUAAUUGUCACUGUUUUAUAUUUAUGGUGCUAUUUGAAGCGGCCCCAUGAGUUGUUUUCCACUUUGUUUAUGGACAUUUUAAUUCGCAAAUUUAUUUUUAUAUUGUCACUUAUUAUCGUGGGCUUUUCGAUUUUUAGCUUCGCGUCCGUCCUGCUUUUUUUGGAGGCUGAUAUCAUUUUAUAUAAACAAUUGCUUAUCCCUUAUGUUGUAAUUACGGUAUGGGCUUAUUUGAUUACGCUUUUGAAUAUUGCAUUGGUGAUCUUUCGUCUGUACGCGGCGGUCAUAGUUUGCGGUGCUUUGUUGCUCGUUAAUGGGUUAGUGCACACAGUCCUUGGUGCGCUUUGGGUAAUUGUAGCAAUAUUUGAGGGAGAUUUCUUAUUUGGUUAUUUGGCUUCUCGAUGGAUGAAAACAGCAAUAAAGAAUCCGAGUGAAAUUGAACUUAUUCAGUCACGUUUGCAAUGCAGCGGAUUCUUUGUCAGUUGCCUUGAAGUUACCUCGUCCAGCUGUCCAAAGGAGAGUGAGAGUAACAUGUACGCCAAGCCCUGUGAAGAGUUUUUUAUGCUGGACCUUUAUGCUGUCCAUGGAACUAUAACGGCACCUGUGUUUGUAACGGGUAUCCUACUUGUCGUAGUUGGACUUUUGGACAUUGUGUUUUUGAUUCGUUCGUUUUAUCUGUCAAAGAUUGGAAUUCAGCGACGGAAGUAUCACAGUGACCCGAAGGCGGCGGUUUUGCCUCUGACAUUUGCGGAGGCAAGGAAGCUGCGUCGCAUGUUUUACAGGGUCUCGGGCAAAACCAACAGAACAUUGGCAGGUCGAGGUGUGACGCGGUUUCUGGAGAAAGUCUUCCGGACGAAACUCAAGCCGGAGGAGAAAAAAAAAAUUGAGGAUGCGGGUCCAGUGACGUUUGACAAACUCAUGUCACUUUUUUUCCCGCACUUUAUUACGUCACGAAUGGACCCCCGUCAGUUAACUCCGGAGGAGACACAAGAGGUCCAGGGAGUGUUUGAAUUGCAGAAUUGCCAGUACCAGAAAUUUUGUCGAUUCGCCACCGCAUCCGGAGCCCUUUCACCGGAGACACUUUUUAAACUGUUUCUUUUUUACACAAGUGAUCACUUCACCGUGGAUGAGAGUGAAUUUAUCUCGCUUAUCAAGGCGGAGGCGGAGACAAACUGUCCUGAUGCUUCCAUGUGUCGGGGGUUGACGGCGUUUGAACUCGAGGGAUUGCGCCACGUAUGGACAGCGCUAAACCCAAGGAUACUUGGCGAUCUGAAUGACGAGCAGAUUGCUCUGUUCUACCAAUGGACCCACAGUGAGCCUCUCAGCGGGGAUAGCCAUUUUCAGGAGUGGAAGAAUUCCCUCGACGUGCGUCAGCGCGGCAGUAUUGGGUGGGGCGAAUUCUGUUAUCCUUUUGCACAGCGUGCUCUUUUAUGGAAGGCGCGUCGGUUUCUGAGCAAUAUGGAAAAGGAGGUUCCACCUGAGAUGAUCACGAAGAAUUUGGUGGAGCAGCGAUUUGGCUGCGAGGUUGCUAAUGCCAUUUUUCUGCCAUACGAAGAUGAGAUCCCCAUUGAGCGCGUCCUUGAGUAUGUGCUGCUCUCUUCCAAGAGCAAAUAG